ACCCCCGAUCGGCUGCUGGGCCUCGUCCCCUUCUCUCUGUCUCCCUCUCUUCCCCUACCACGUCCCCCGACACCGACACCCCAGUACUCCGCGGUCUCCUCAGUCUCAGCCUCGGUCUUCAACCCAGUCCGCCCGAGGAUUUGCCUGCAGGCCGCCCCUGACUCUUGCGCCCGCCCACCACUGAGGGCCAUCUAGGACCAUGACUAAGACAGAUCCUGCCCCCAUGGCCCCUCCACCCCGAGGAGAGGAGGAAGAAGAGGAGGAAGAAGAUGAGCCCGUCCCUGAAGCCCCCAGCCCCACCCAGGAGCGCCGGCAGAAGCCUGUUGUGCAUCCAUCGGCACCUGCACCCCUCCCCAAGGACUACGCCUUCACCUUCUUCGAUCCCAAUGACCCUGCAUGCCAGGAGAUUCUGUUUGACCCUCAGACCACCAUCCCAGAGUUGUUCGCCAUCGUGCGUCAGUGGGUGCCCCAAGUCCAGCACAAGAUAGAUGUCAUCGGCAAUGAGAUUCUGCGUCGAGGCUGCCACGUGAAUGAUCGUGAUGGGCUUACCGACAUGACGCUGCUCCAUUACGCAUGCAAGGCUGGGGCCCAUGGAGUCGGGGACCCUGCGGCGGCCGUGCGUCUCUCCCAGCAGCUGCUGGCGCUGGGCGCCGAUGUUACCCUGCGCAGUCGCUGGACCAAUAUGAACGCUCUUCACUACGCUGCCUAUUUUGACGUGCCCGACCUGGUACGGGUGCUGCUGAAGGGCGCGCGGCCACGCGUAGUGAACUCCACGUGCAGUGACUUCAACCACGGCUCAGCCCUGCACAUCGCUGCCUCCAACCUGUGCCUGGGCGCGGCCAAAUGUUUGCUGGAGCAUGGCGCCAACCCAGCGCUGAGGAAUCGGAAGGGGCAGGUGCCAGCUGAGGUGGUCCCAGACCCUAUGGACAUGUCCCUGGACAAGGCAGAGGCUGCGCUGGUGGCCAAAGAGCUGCGAACGCUGCUGGAAGAGGCUGUACCACUAUCGUGUGCCCUUCCCAAGGUGACAUUACCCAACUAUGACAACGUCCCAGGCAAUCUCAUGCUCAGCGCAUUGGGCCUGCGUCUAGGAGACCGUGUUCUGCUGGAUGGUCAGAAGACGGGCACACUGCGGUUCUGCGGGACCACAGAGUUUGCCAGCGGCCAGUGGGUGGGCGUGGAGCUGGAUGAACCUGAGGGCAAGAAUGAUGGCAGUGUUGGGGGUGUCCGGUACUUCAUCUGCCCUCCCAAGCAAGGUCUUUUUGCCUCUGUGUCCAAGAUCUCCAAAGCAGUGGAUGCACCCCCCUCAUCUGUCACCUCCACGCCCCGGACUCCCCGGAUGGACUUCUCCCGUGUUACUGGCAAAGGCCGAAGGGAACACAAAGGCAAGAAGAAGUCCCCAUCGUCCCCAUCUCUGGGCAGCCUGCAGCAGCGUGAGGGGGCCAAGGCUGAAGUUGGAGACCAAGUCCUUGUGGCAGGCCAGAAGCAGGGGAUUGUGCGCUUUUAUGGGAAGACAGACUUUGCCCCAGGUUACUGGUAUGGCAUUGAGCUGGACCAGCCCACAGGCAAGCACGAUGGCUCUGUCUUUGGUGUCCGGUACUUCACCUGCCCCCCAAGGCAUGGAGUCUUUGCACCAGCAUCCCGCAUUCAGAGGAUUGGUGGAUCUACGGAUCCCCCUGGGGACAGUGUUGGAGCCAAAAAAGUACAUCAAGUGACAAUGACACAGCCCAAACGCACCUUCACGACAGUCCGGACUCCAAAGGACAUUGCGUCAGAGAACUCUAUCUCCAGGUUGCUCUUCUGCUGCUGGUUUCCAUGGAUGCUGAGGGCAGAGAUGCAGUCUUAGAGGCCCUGGAUACCUGACAGAGACAAAGAAGUCCCUUCUAGCAUCUCCUGACACAAGGAGCCCCCAGUCACCCUGAGAUAGAGAUUCCCAGUAACACAUCCAGAAUAGAGACUCCCCAUUAGCCAACCCUCAAUCACUGAAGUCCCAUUAUUAACAGAUCCCCAUGAUAACCUGCCCCCCAAAUACAGACCCCAUAUCACCCAGAAAAAGAUUCCCUAAGUAGCACCUUCAGGCUAGUCCCUAUCCCAGCCCCUCAGAGCAGAACCCUAAUUAACAGAUUUCUGCAUCACCCCAAAUGAUGGUUGAUCCUUUCCAUAUAAUAUUCCAUAACAGGACAUUCUGAGUCACUCAUCAGUGGAUCAGAAACUCCCCCAUUAACAAAGACUCUCUCUGAUUCUCCUUGUAAUAAACAUAGGUCACAACUCCAGAGUAAUAGACCAUGUCACUAUCCCCAUUUAACAUCAUUGCCCUCAAGAUUCCGUGAUCCCAUGGUCACCCCGAAGCCCUUCCAUUCCAUUCCCCCUUUCAAAGACUCUCCAUGAACAAAGACCCUUGUUCUCACCCCUCAAGAAAAGACCCACUUUAACUAGCCCACUGUCACCCCCCCCAAUUUAUAGACACCAAAACAGUCCUGGAAGUGCUAAUUACAGGACCCCCAAGUCUUCCUACCCUCUGCACCCUCAAGAAACCCCCAGUGCCUUGUAUGAAGCCCACCCCACAUGGCCUCCAGCCUCUGUGCUGGCCAGGCUCCCAGAAAAUUCUCUAUUUUUGAAGUAAUGACUUCCCCCUUUGGGGGACCCCAAAAUUUGGAGACCCCAUUCUGAGACUCUGGGGAUCCCACACCCCAGAGUAUACAUGUCCCAAGACCCCCUGUGCCCCCAAGUCCUAUAACCCCUAGAAGAUCCCAAAUUUCUAACUCCCAGGACCCCCAAAUCAUGGAAUCCCCAAAUCCCCAGGGAAUCCCAAAUUUAAAAGUCCAAUCGCAAACCCCCAGGAAAACCCAAUUAUGAGGUCCUUGUACCUGGGAUGGAGGAGACUGCAAUCGGGAAAUGUAUUCCAGGCUCUCAGGGUAUUUCAAGCCCUGUCCAUAGGCACCAGGAGACCCCCAAACAUGAAUUCCCAUCCUGGAAACUGCAGGACUUCAAUGCCCUGAGUUCAAGGAUCUCAAGAAACCCAAAUUCAAGAGCCCCAGCCCUAAGGGACCCCCAAAUCCUAAAGCCUCCGUCUAUAAUACGUGGAGGGCCCCGAGGCCCUGAAGCGAUCCCAAGUCUUGGAGCCCCCAUUUCAAUCUAUCUUCUGGUCACAGGUCCAAGACACCAAAUCUGAUUUACUGGCCACAAAGGACCUCAAAGCACUUGGGCCAGGCCAACAGCCUAAGGGAGAACCUGAAGGCCCCGCGGGUCCAGGGCAGACCUGGGGCCCUGACCACCAAGGACAGCUCACGACUGCCCCGUCUCACUGCAUGUCCCCAAACUCAGCAUGACCCCUGUCCUCUUCAAUAAAGACGUUUCUACGGCC